GUGGCCAUGGACCCGGCCCUGGUCCGGCUCGGGAGCAUGGUCCAGAACCGCUACAAGUACUUCCGGUGGACGAAGCGGACCGCGCGCAUCACGUUCGUCUACGCGGCUGUCAUCCCGGCGAUAAUCGGAUACCUCGGCUAUCAGAACGACGGUCUGUGGGAUUUGCGCGCGAAGCGGAGGGGCGACAUCAUCUCUGAGCGUUAAAGGUACCAGGACCCUAAGGUGUUGCUGGAUUGGAAUUACUGUACAAAAGUGCGCGAGACACAAAGGCGUGAAUGAAAGGACGCAUUGUC